AUGGCCUCAACUAUCCCUGAUGAGGUUUUUCAUGUUCGUGGCAAGACUCUCACCCCGGAAAGUCCACAGCCACUUCAUGUAUCUGAACCUACUCACAUCCCGUUGCUGCAGAGUCAGAUGGAUCCGUCAUUUAGCGAUUCACCCAUGUAUAAACAGAUAUUUAUGGAGAAAACGCCACCUUUGGACACUGAGUCGGUUGUAGGUGAACAGGUUCAGGUCACAACGCAUACAUACGCUAUGCUGCGUCAUAAAUUUGAAAACCUGGGGUCAAAAGGCGUUGGCGAGCAAGGAGCAGUUAGCUUUUCUCGAUCUUUACACACGGGUUAUCAACCAAAGACUGAUACAGAAAAUGAAUCGACUUUUUCAUCUGCUUACAGCACAAGUCAAUCUCCAUGUCGUGUUUCUCAAACCUCCACUGCUGACGUGAACGAACCAACCGUGCCUUCCCAUACCACAUCCAUCACAUCUGAAACUCCGUCCCCAUUAGAUCGUCCUAUACUUUCCGAGAACUCCCCAUCCGAACCCCAUUAUUCACCUACGCUUCCGGGCAAUGAUCAAAUGACGGGAUCAAAGGAUGCAGACGUGAAAUCCACUAGGAAAUUUAUUUCUCCCGCUUCUCUUGGUGAUCAUAAUAAAAACAUUAAAACUAAAGCAGAUCUUGAGGGAGAUGCCAGCGACCAGAAAUCCCUGAAUACCUUAUCAAAUGCUAAAAGUGCCAAAAGUACUACCGAUUCUCCCACAAAAUACCGCCAAAGACCUUCUAUCCGACCGGGUCCUGACAACAUUCAAUAUUUCCACCCGUUGCCCAACCAACCUGAAAGUGGAUCUUCCCAAUACGGCCCAAGUAAUUUUCCUAAGCCUAGUGGGCUGCCAUCCCCUGCAUCUGGAACUUCGUCUACCUCAAAUGGAUUUCCCCCUCAUAUUGCGGGUUUUCAGAAAUUUUCCCAAUCACCUGGCAACCAAACGAAAAGCAGUGUUCCAAAGGCUCCCCGAAGUGAUAGGCUGAACAACGAAGAACCCAAGAGUUCCCGCUGGGAAGGAGAUAGGGAGGAGCCUUGGGCGCCUGAAAUUCAGAAAAAAUAUGAUAAAUUUCUCCAUAACGAACGUGUUUAUGUUACUGAAGGGCUUUGGGAUCGGUUUUCGCCUGGAUCGAGGUUGUUUGUUGGGAAUCUCCCCACGGAGAGAGUCACCAAACGGGACCUCUUCCACCUGUUUCAUAAAUACGGUGAUCUCGCCCAAAUAUCCAUUAAGCAGGCAUAUGGAUUUGUCCAGUUCCUAGAACCUACAUCUUGCCAUAAUGCGUUAGAAGCAGAACAAGGAGGAUUUAUACGAGGUCGCAAAAUUCAUCUUGAAAUCUCAAAACCUCAAAAAUCAACGAGAAAUGCUCCGGCACCGGAUUCUUCGAGGCAACCAGUUAAGAGAAGGUCUAGGUCACCUGAAGCUGCCCGAGGUGUAUCAAAUUACCGUGGCAUCCGUGACCGAUUUGACAGAACUGCGGAGCCUGGCAGGCCACCUAUCAGAGAAUUCAGGGACCGUGAUGAGCCGUAUCGCCGUCGUGAUGAUUACCACUCAGCUCGCACGCCAUCUCCACGUGGACACCGCCGAGGUGACCCUCGCUCCCAUGAUCGAAUUCCAGAGAAUUAUGAACGACGUCGCAAUAGGCGUCGUUCAAGGUCUCCUUACUCACGUUCAGGGAGAUAUAGAAGUCCGAGUCCGAGAGAAAAGGGUUCUGCAAAUGACUCAGAUCUUCAUAUUCCAAAGCGAUCCCCACGAGAAGUACCAGAUGUCGAGAUAAUUGUCUUAGAAAACGUUGAUAGGGAUUUCAUACAUCAUAUCGAAAAAACUUUUCGAGACCGGGGGUUGCGAACGAAUGUUCUCAUUUUAAGCCCCCGGAUGUCCCUUACAGCUGUUAUUCGACGUCAGAUAAUAGAGGGAGUGCAGGCAAUUGUCAAGCUAUCCCGCUCAAAUCAGUAUUCUGGCAAAAUCCCAUUACAGGUGUUUGAUCGCACUGGUGGCAUCGACAAUGUUAAGUUCAAUGAAUAUUCAGAGCUUGAAUUGAAUGUUGCUGCCGAUGUCGUGCUUCAUGCGACGACCAUCCACCCUGGGAGUACCUCGAAAUAUACCACUACGCAAAUGCCUGAAAUUUCUCAACUGCAGGCGUCCUCUAAAGUCCCACCUCCUUUAAAAUCUAAUAAUAAUAUUACGAAUCUCAUUUCUAGUCUAGAUAGCACCGCACUUCAAUCUCUCCUUCGAGCACUACAACAAAACCCUUCACCCCAGAAUUCUGCCCAACUGACUAGCUGCACGCUCCAGGCCGCUCAGCAGCACUACACUCCCCAAGGCAACCCAACAGAUCUUGCGAGUAUCCUUAGUAGCUUCUCUCGUCAGCAAAAUUCUUUGGUUCCUCCAACCUCUGCCACCCAAACAGCUCAGCCUCCUGCUUAUGGGCUUCCACCGCAGCUCCCCGGCGGGAAAAGUGAUCCGAACUUGGCAUCCCUUCUGGCUCAAACUUUGGGAGGACAACGAUUAAGUCAACCGCUUAUCGCGCCUCCUCAGAUAGCGCCACAGAUGUCUCCCCAUAUUCAGAGUAUCAUGGACCAAUUGAAGAAGUGGAAGCAAUGA